AUGCAUAUUCGUAUGUAUGGCAACUACAGCCGUACACAUAGAGCUUGCAUCGGACUUGUCGACGCCACAUUUAUUGCCGCCCUCGAACGAUUUAUCGCACGACGAGGACGUUGUACAGACAUAUACAGUGACUGCGGGACUAAUUUUGUGGGAGCUAAUCAUUACUUAAAGGAAGUGCAAGAAAUUCUGAAGUCGCCUACGACCAUCCGUUACGCUUCAUCCAACCAAGUAACCUGGCACUUUAAUCCUCCUGCUGCGCCGCACAUGGGUGGUCUCUGGGAGGCAGCAGUGAAGUCAGCCAAGGGGUUGUUACGGCGAAUAGUUCACAAUCAAGUCCUUACGCAUGAAGAACUCAAUACUAUACUACACAAAAUAGAAGCCACAUUAAAUUCAAGGCCAUUAGGCGCACUCUCCAGCGACCCUAACGAUUUUGCACCACUCACCGCGGGGCAUUUUUUGACUAUGGGUCCACCAGCUUCUAUACCACAGCCAUAUACCCAAGACCAUCCACUAGCCUACACUCUACGUCAACGUUGGACUCUGGUUCAACAGAUUCAACUUCACUUCUGGCAGCGAUGGCAAAAGGAAUAUCUACAAACUCUGCAAACGAGAAACAAGUGGCAGCGCCCAGACAGCAACCUGGUGGUGGACGACUUGGUCAUCAUUAAGGAACCCACACCACCACUCACAUGGAGUACAGCGCUCGUUGUCAAAAUAUACCCUGGCGAAGACAAGGUCGUCCGAGUAGCUGACGUCAAAUUAGCUAACGGGAAGACUCUCAAGCGUCCAGUGGUGAAGUUAUGUCCUUUACCGUUGUGA